AUGCAAAUAGAAAAAUAAGCAAUUCUAAAUUCUAAUAAAAAGGCUGAGUUCAGUUUGACAGAUGAACAACUAAAAUUCAUUUUGGCUCCUAAAAACAGGGAUAUCAAGGUUACUGCUUGUGCUGGAUCAGGAAAGACAGAAUGUGCGCUUUAAUUCAUAAAGAGUGCUAUUGACGAAGGAUAAGACCCUAGAAAUAUAUGCAUAACAACUUUCAACAUUUAAGCCAGUGUUGAUAUGAAAAAAAGAGCAAUUCAGCUAUUGGGAAAAAAAAAUGCUAACAAAAUUGAAAUAAUUAAUUUUGAUAAAAUAAUUUUCAAGCUUUAUAAACAAAUUAAAAAAAUAAAAAGCAACAUUAAUAAUGAAUUUAUUAAUAAUAACAAAAAUAAUUAUUAGAAAUAAGUAAUAGACAUUACUUUAGUUGAAAAGUAGUUUGAAGUUUAUAUCAAUUUACAAGACUUGUCUUUUACUAAAUAUUUUUAAAGUAAAAAGCUUGUUGUUUUUGAUGAAUUUUAAGAUAUUAAUUAAUUGCAUUAUGACAUCUUAAUGCUAUUUAAAAAAGUUGGAAACUCAGUUCUAGUAGUCCUUGGAGAUGAAGCUUAGAAUAUUUACGAAUUUAGAGGAUCAAAUUUUAAAUACUUGAAUUAAAUUGUUGAAGAUGUAAACAGAGAAAAUAAAAAAAUUUACAGUAACGAGGAUUACAACAUGCUGGAAUUCAAACUUACUACUAAUUUUAGAUGCUCUUCUAAAAUUACUGACUUUGCUAAUGAUAUUAUAAGAUAUUUUAAGACUAUUAAGUCAAAUAAUAUGAUCAGUUUUGAAGAUUUGAAUUCUGGUAAAGAAAUUAAAAAAUGCGAUAUUAAACCUAGUUUGAUAGCCUAUCCAAAACCUUUUAACUUAGUAUAAGAUAUUAUAAUCUAAAUCAGAGAAUUAAUAAAAAAUAAUAGCUUUUCUUACAAAGAUUUUGCUAUAAUUUCCCCAACUACCUUUACUCUUUUUUAAGUAGAACUUUUCUUACAAAGGCAUAAUUAUUUUGAACCUGAAACAGAAAUUCCAUUUUGGAGUUUUAUAGGAAAAAGUAGAGAUUUUGGUUACAAAUAUGAAUAUCAAGCAGAUAAAAUUAUGAUUUUGACAGGUCAUAAAUCAAAAGGAUUGCAAUGGAAGGUAGUAUUUGAAGUUGGGAUGGAAGAUAAUUUGUUUCCGCUUUCAUUUACAAGAAAGGUUGAAGAUGGUCAAGAUUAUUUGAAUAAAGUAGAAGAAUCAAAGCGCUUAUUUUAUGUUAUGUCUACAAGGGCUUCUUAAUUUCUUUACAUAAGCUAUAUAUCUCAUAAUAAUAAAGAUUAAUUAUAGUAUUAUGCAUGUAGAUUUUUGAAUGCGAUAGACAAAAAUAAAAUAAAUUUUAUUGGUUACGCUGGAAUUUAACCUGACAUGGAAAAUAGCACAAGCAUUAAUACAUAAGAACUUUAAUCCCUCUAUUAGAUAUUCGAAAUUAUUCUCAAAAAAAUACAUUGA